AUGCCAGCCUUGACAAGGGAGGAGCUCGAGGCCAGAAAGCGUGCUAGGAACAGCCGCAUCAUGGAGAGCCGCGUGGACCGCAUGGCCCUUGUCCAAGACACAACUGCCGACAGGGUCACCAUGCCCGAAGAGUACUAUCGGGAGCCGCAAAGUAGAGGGGGUGAGCAGUCUAGGAGUGGCCAACAACAGGGGCCUGGAACACAGAGAUCCACCGGGAAUGAGUUCAUGGACUCAAUGCUGCACGGUAACAUGAACUUUUCUGAACUCUUAAAUUCAUUGAGUCCUGAGGUGAGGCAAGCUCUGGAAAGCGGAAGCAUGGUCCAGCUGCUGUCAAGCUUACGGAGUAUGCUACCGAAUGUGUCCAAUAACUCAGAGGAAGCCAAGAAGCAGAAGAAGGCGAGUCUACUGGCAAUGUAUCUAAGCAUUGCAUUCUAUGUGUUGGCUGCAUUUUCCUCCCUUGUUAGGAUGUGCGUUGCAUACUAUGCAACUUCUAAUACUGCGCGCUGGAUCACAGAACACACUGUUGGACCCCUCUUCGCUUUCUUUCAUACUGUCGAGAGCAUAGAAGACUUUCCUCAAAUAAAAUUUAAAUUGGGAUUGCUCCAGCUCAUUAUGUUGUUCCUUAUGGCGUACUAUGGAUUAGUGUACAAGGUAGCAGGAAUGGGACUUAUGUCCUUCUUAGGUCUUCUUUUCAAGGGUGUUCUCAGCAUUACAGUGGUUCAUAUUCUCGUGUACACUAUACUGUGGUGUAUAGUUUACGUUGGUCACUAG